AUGUCGUGGUUCAGCGGCAUCCUGGUGCCCAAGGUGGAUGAGCGGAAGACGGCAUGGGGGGAGCGCAACGGCAAGAAGGGCACCCGUCCCCGCCCUGCCCUCUGCGGCCCCCGCUACAUGAGCUGCCUGCAGGACCCUGAGAUGGAGCGGGGCGGGGGGCCCCCCCGGGGGCUGCGCUGCACCUGGCAGGAGGACCACUAUGGCAAGAAGGGGCCUGUGGGCGACCUGGGGCUCAAAUCGGUGGACCUAGGCUUGGAGGAUGGCGAAGCCAAGGGGCCGAAGGGGGCUGGGGGGCGGCCAUCAGCUGGCGAGUGCUGGCAGCGGCUGCUCCAGCUCAGCGCCAAUGCCCUGAUCUUUCUCUGCACCAAUGUGGUGGGGGUCUGCACCCACUACCCGGCCGAGGUGUCAGAGCGCCUGCUGCUCUCAGUGCUGCCCCAGCAUGUGGCCAUGGAGAUGAAGGAGGACAUCAACACCAAGAAGGAGGACAUGAUGUUCCACAAGAUCUACAUCCAGAAGCACGACAAUGUCAGCAUCCUCUUUGCGGACAUCGAGGGCUUCACCAGCCUGGCCUCACAGUGCACGGCCCAGGAGCUGGUGAUGACGCUCAACGAGCUCUUUGCUCGCUUUGACAAACUGGCGGCGGAGAACCACUGCCUGCGCAUCAAGAUCCUGGGGGACUGCUACUACUGCGUGUCGGGGCUGCCGGAGGCACGUGGGGACCACGCACACUGCUGCGUGGAGAUGGGGGUUGACAUGAUCGAAGCCAUCUCGCUGGGGGGUGAGGUGACGGGGGUGAACGUGAACAUGCGCGUGGGCAUCCACAGCGGGCGGGUGCACUGUGGCGUCCUGGGGCUGCGCAAGUGGCAGUUCGAUGUCUGGUCCAACGAUGUGACUCUCGCCAAUCACAUGGAAGCGGGCGGCAAAGCCGGGCGCAUCCACAUCACCUGGGCAACACUGCAGUACCUGAAUGGGGACUAUGAGGUGGAGCCGGGCCACGGGGGUGAGCGCAAUGCCUACCUCAAGGAGCACAACAUUGAGACUUUCCUUAUCGUCGGCUGCAGCCAGAAGCGCAAGGAGGAAAAAGCCAUCCUGGCCAAGCUGCAGCGGGCUCGUGCCAACUCGACAGAAGGGCUGGUGCCGCGCUGGGUGCCCGAGCGCUCCUUCUCCCGCACCAAGGACUCCAAGGCCUUCCGGCAGAUGGGCAUUGAUGACUCCAGCAAGGACAACCGUGGUGCCCAGGAGGCCCUCAACCCUGAGGAUGAGGUGGAUGAGUUCCUCAGCCGGGCCAUUGACGCCCGCAGCAUCGACCAGCUCCGAAAGGACCACGUCAAGAAGUUCCUGCUCACCUUCCAGACACCUGAGCUGGAGAAGAAGUACUCCAAAAAGGUGGAUGACCGCUUUGCUGGCUACGUGGCCUGCACCCUCCUCGUCUUCUGCUUCAUCUGCUGCCUCCAGAUCGUGGUGUUCCCCCAUUCCCCAGUGAUGCUCGGCAUUUACGUCAGCAUCUUCAUCCUCCUUGCUGCCAUCCUCUUCGUCUGUGCCGUUUACUCCUGCAUCACUCUCUUCCCCACCACCCUGCAGCAGCUGUCCCAGAAGAUUGUCCAGUCCCGCGCUCACAGCACCAUCAUUGGGGUCUUCACCAUCCUCCUUGUCUUCAUCGCUGCCUUCGUCAACAUGUUUGCCUGCAGCCGGGGGGCCCUGCGGGACUGCGCUGCCCAUGAGCUCAACAUCCCCCCCGAGGCUGUGGGACCCUGCCAGCUUCGGGCCCUCAACUUCUCCCUGGGGACACCUGCGGGUCCCUGCCACCAUGAUGGGCUGGCCUGUGACUUCCCUGAGUACUUCAACUACAGCGUGGUGCUGAGCCUGCUGGCCUGCUCCGUCUUCCUGCACAUCAGCAGCAUCGGCAAGCUGCUGCUCAUGGUGGCCAUCGAGGCCACCUACCUGGUGCUGGUGGAGGGGCCGCAGGCCACCCUCUUUGACAACGCUGACCUGCUGGUGGUGGCCAACGCCCUCCCGGCGGAGGGGAAGGUGGCCCUGCGGUACAUCACCCCCGUCAUCCUGGCCAUCUUCGCGCUGGCGCUGUACCUGCACGCGCAGCAGGUUGAGUCCACCGCCCGCCUCGACUUCCUCUGGAAGCUGCAGGCGACGGGCGAGAAAGAGGAGAUGGAGGAGCUGCAGGCGUACAACCGGCGGCUACUGCACAACAUCCUGCCCAAGGAUGUGGCAGCACAUUUCCUAGCGCGGGAGCGUCGCAACGAUGAGCUCUACUAUCAGUCCUGCGAGUGCGUGGCUGUCAUGUUUGCCUCCAUCAGCAACUUCUCUGAGUUCUACGUCGAGCUGGAGGCCAACAAUGAGGGUGUUGAGUGCCUGCGGCUGCUCAACGAGAUCAUUGCCGACUUCGAUGAGAUCAUCAGCGAGCAGAAGUACCGUCAGCUGGAGAAGAUCAAGACAAUCGGCAGCACCUACAUGGCGGCCUCAGGGCUCAAUGCCUCCACCUACGACCGGGAGGGCCGGAGCCACAUCGCGGCGCUGGCCGACUAUGCCAUGCACCUGAUGGAGCAGAUGAAGUACAUCAACGAGCACUCCUUCAACAACUUCCAGAUGAAGAUCGGCCUGAACAUGGGGCCGGUGGUGGCAGGGGUGAUCGGAGCACGCAAGCCACAGUACGACAUCUGGGGCAACACUGUCAAUGUCUCCAGCCGCAUGGACAGCACCGGUGUCCCUGAUCGCAUCCAGGUGACAACGGACCUGUACCAGGUGCUGGCAGCCAAGGGCUACGUGCUGGAGUGCCGGGGGCUGGUCAAGGUCAAGGGCAAGGGGGAGAUGACCACCUACUUCCUCAACGCUGGCCCUGGAGGGAGUUAG